AUGAUGGACGAGAUCGAGUCGUUCAAUUUGAUUCCAGUGUUCUAUCCCAACUUGAUCCUGCAGGCACUUUAUGAGGCUGUCAUCCAUGCUGGGAGACAAUGCGGCAGGAAUGCUGCUGGAAUCAAUGCAGACGGCCCUCUUACGUUUGCCCUACUAACCAUACUCUGGGAGAACUCUGCCGAUGACAAUGCAAUGAACACAUUUCUCAGCCGAUGGGUAGAAAGGGCCACUACCUUCAUCUACAAGUUGGGAAAAGCCCAUCCUUGGCUUUAUAUCAACUACGCCGGCAAAAAUUAA